CGGGGCGUGCGCGGGACAAAGGGAAGCGAAGCCGGAGCUGCGGGCGCUUAUUCUGCCCGCGGAAAGACCAUCUUAUGCCCCACCUCCCACCCCAGCUCCUGCAACACAAAUGCCCAGCACACCAGGGUUUGUGGGAUACAAUCCAUACAGUCAUCUCGCCUACAACAACUACAGGCUGGGAGGGAACCCGGGCACCAACAGCCGGGUCACGGCAUCCUCUGGUAUCACGAUUCCAAAACCCCCAAAGCCACCAGAUAAGCCGCUGAUGCCCUACAUGAGGUACAGCAGAAAGGUCUGGGACCAAGUAAAGGCUUCCAACCCUGACCUAAAGUUGUGGGAGAUUGGCAAGAUUAUUGGUGGCAUGUGGCGAGAUCUCACUGAUGAAGAAAAACAAGAAUAUUUAAACGAAUACGAAGCAGAAAAGAUAGAGUACAAUGAAUCUAUGAAGGCCUAUCAUAAUUCCCCCGCGUACCUUGCUUACAUAAAUGCAAAAAGUCGUGCAGAAGCUGCUUUAGAGGAAGAAAGUCGACAGAGACAAUCUCGCAUGGAGAAAGGAGAACCGUACAUGAGCAUUCAGCCUGCUGAAGAUCCAGAUGAUUAUGAUGAUGGCUUUUCAAUGAAGCAUACAGCCACCGCGCGUUUCCAGAGAAACCACCGCCUCAUCAGUGAAAUUCUUAGUGAGAGUGUGGUGCCAGACGUUCGGUCAGUUGUCACAACAGCUAGAAUGCAGGUCCUCAAACGGCAGGUCCAGUCCUUAAUGGUUCAUCAGCGAAAACUAGAAGCUGAACUUCUUCAAAUAGAGGAACGGCACCAGGAGAAGAAGAGGAAAUUCCUGGAAAGCACAGAUUCAUUUAACAAUGAACUUAAAAGGUUGUGUGGUCUGAAAGUAGAAGUGGAUAUGGAAAAAAUUGCAGCUGAGAUUGCACAGGCAGAGGAACAGGCCCGCAAAAGGCAGGAGGAAAGGGAGAAGGAGGCCGCAGAGCAAGCUGAGCGCAGUCAGAGCAGCAUUGUUCCUGAGGAAGAACAAGCAGCCAACAAAGGCGAGGAGAAGAAAGACGAUGAGAACAUUCCAAUGGAGACAGAGGAGACACACCUUGAAGAAACAACAGAGAGCCAACAGAAUGGUGAAGAAGGCACAUCUACUCCUGAGGACAAGGAGAGUGGGCAGGAGGGGGUCGACAGUAUGGCAGAGGAAGGAACCAGUGAUAGUAACACUGGCUCGGAGAGCAACAGUGCAACAGUGGAGGAGCCACCAACAGAUCCCAUACCAGAAGAUGAGAAAAAAGAAUAAGUGUUGCCUUGUUUUGUGUGUUCUAAAUACUUUUUUAAAUGAAAAAAUGUUUUUUGGUUUUAA